AUGGGCGACUUGGAUGUGAGCAUCUUCAGCAUUAGUGGCCAAGAGAGGGGUAUGUCUUCUGGCAGAAAUCGUCGCUGCCCCCCUGCAGUGGUCAUCACUCACGAUUCCGAUAGCUUCUCUCCCCAAUCCAUAAACCCGGCUGCGGGCGAAGGUCUCCUCAGCUAUAAAGGACCUGGAGGACUCGGUGCCAGCACUUUGUCCUUGGCAACGGAAGGCAGAAAUGGCAUCUAUGGACAAGUGCCACUCUCGAGGACUGGAUCUCCGAGGCACAGCAAGAUUCAUCCGAGUGAUGGAAGCAGCCUUCCUAAAUCAGGUUCCUCGAUGGCUGUCUUUUCUCCGGAUGGACAACUUCUUGGAAGUGAUAUUCCAAUCGAGCAUCUCAAUCAAAGCACGAAUAGGUCGAGCAGGCACUGCUGCUCAGGCCGAGCCAAACGAACAGCCCUGGGCUUCUUCCUCACCGUGGUCAUGUGUGGCACAUGGAUCGGCAUCACCCACCUGUUGAAAUGGGCAUACGUCAUUCAUCUGAAGCCAUCUGCAAGCUGCAACUGCACUUCUGAGGGUGGCCGAAGCUCUUACUCGACACCUUCGACCUCCGUUCUCAGCAUUGUCGAGAAUAGGUCCACCGAUAAAGAUGUCAGCAUGCUUCCAGCGGAGAAAAGCCAGAACCUGGAACCUUUCAAAGCUCCCUUUUUCACCACCUGGUUCUUUACGGCUUGCAACUGCCUCUUCUUUCCUGUUUAUUUAUGCUCUAGGAUCUGCUCUAAGAGGAAAAGAACUACUGCAACUAAAUCUUUUCUUGCUUCGAUGCGUCUCUUUCAAGAGAAAGGUCUUUCAGCUUUGCAUUUCUUCAUACGGUCUCUGUUUUUCUGCAUAUUAUGGGUUGCAACCAACUACAUGCUGAUCAACGCCUUGGGGAAACUUGACACGACAGCGGUCAUGGCUCUGCAAGCCUCGAGCGCUUCUUUCGUUUAUUUGUUAUCCUGGGUUAUACUACACGAACAAUUUGUUGGCAUUAGGAUCGUGGCAGUGAUUUUAUGUAAUACUGGCAUCGCACUCCUUGCUUACAUGGAUGGCGUUUCCAAAACCUCAACUUUAGGAGGUGUAGUUUUAGCAUCUGCAGCCGCUGCAGGACUUGCCGUUCACAAAGUAUUAUUCAAGAAACUCAUUGGAAGUGUGACAAUGGGUCAACUAUCUCUAUUUCUCACGUUAGUGGGACUGCUCAAUGUUUUACUGUUGUGGCCCAUUGGUCUCAUUUUAUACCUUGUAGAAACAGAAGUGAUUGUGUGGACACAGAUCCCAUACGUACAAGUUGCUGGUUCAGCUGUUCUCUUUAUUGUUGCCAAUGUCAUGGAAAACUUCGACAUAAUUCACGAUUAUGACACAUUUCUUAAGUUAGGCAUCGUUUCUGCUGUGCCAGUUUCUGCAGUUUUAGAUGUACAUCUAUAUAACGUGAAAUUUGAAGGAAUGAAACUGGCAGGAAUUCUUUUGAUAUCAAUUGGCUUUAUGUUAGUUUUGUUACCAGACAAUUGGCCCGACUAUAUAACAAGAUUGAUUCGAUGGCGCUGCAGAAGAUGUCCCAAGUCAAAUAAAUCCACAGAGACUACACAACCAAGAUCUCGGCUUAGGGCACCAAGCGGAAAUGGAAAGUAA